UAAGACAACCACCUCUGAAAGCGAAUUGGACGAGAUUUUCCUUCUCUCCGCCCACCGCGUCUUCGUGAAGCUCGCACUGGCUGAGGGCGCAUUCACUAAACAGUGGACGGGGUUGCUAUGGGCUUCGGGUUAUGAGGGCAGAGAUUUGAUUUGUACAGGGCCACCUUUAGCGCAAGAAAUUGAGAGUGAAGCUCGUUAAUUUUGAAUUUCCACAUUUCUACUUGAAUCCAAGCAACUUCGAAUAGCCAUGGCCCCGAAGAAAAACGCACGAGGACACAAAAUGAAAGAAGCCAAAGCACAGCUGGCCAGUAAGAAUGGCAAGAAGCCUGAGGUCGCAGGAAGGAGCUCCUUCUUCACCUGGUUCAUGGUUCUGGCCCUCCUGGGCGUAUGGACAUCUGUGGCCGUCGUCUACUUCGACCUGGUCGACUACCAAGGCGUCAUCGGUCAACUUUCGUCCUAUGAUGCUGAUGGAGAUGGUGACUUCGAUGUGGAGGAUGCUAAAGUACUGCUAGGGCUGAAAGAGAAGGCUACCGUCGUCAUUACCAGAGAUGCAGCACCAGAGGAGGCUCCUGCAGCACCUGUGGAAGAAGCCGCACCAGAACCCGUUGUUGAAGAAGUGAUCGAGGCCACAGAAGCAGAGGAAGUUGCAGCUCCCCUAUCAGAGCCUGAGCCUGAGGUUGUGGAAGAACCUGAGGUGGUUGAGGAGGAAGAAGAGCCGGAGGUGGAUGAGCCUGAAAUCAUUGAGGAAGAGCCUGAGGUUCUGGAGGAGGAAGAAGAGCCGGAGGUGGAUGAGCCUGAAAUCAUUGAGGAAGAGCCUGAGGUUCUGGAGGAGGAAGAAGAGCCUGAGGUGGAUGAGCCUGAAAUCAUUGAGGAAGAGCCUGAGGUUCUGGAGGAGGAAGAAGAGGCUGCCCCUGUGGAGGAGGCUGCCCCAGUCGAGGAGGAGGCCGCCCCAGUCGAGGAGGAGGCCGCCCCAGUCGAGGAGGAGGCCGCCCCAGUCGAGGAGGAGGCCGCCCCAGUCGAGGAGGAGGCCGCCCCAGUCGAGGAGGAGGCCGCCCCAGUCGAGGAGGAGGAGGAGGCCGCCUCAGUCGAGGAGGAGGCCGCCCCAGUCGAGGAGGAGGAGGAGGCCGCCCCAGUCGAGGAGGAGGAGGAGGCCGCCCCAGUCGAGGAGGAGGAGGAGGCCGCCCCAGUCGAGGAGGAGGAGGAGGCCGCCCCAGUCGAGGAGGAGGAGGAGGAGGCCGCCCCAGUCGAGGAGGAGGAGGAGGCCACCCCAGUCGAGGAGGAGGAGGCCGCCCCAGUCGAGGAGGAGGAGGCUGCCCCCGUUGAAGAGGUAGAGGAAGCCGCCCAAGUCGAGGAGGAUAUCACCGCCAUUGAGAAGGAAGCCACACCAGUUGAGGAGGAGUUUGCUGAAGAGGCUGCCCCGGUUGAAGAAGCGGCUUCUCCCACAGAAGAAGCUGUUGAGGAGGAGGCCGCACCUGAGGAAGAGGCUGCACCUGUUGAGGAGGAAGUUGCUGCAUCAGUUGAGGAGGAAGUCGCUGUUGAGGAAGAGGCUGCCCCCGCAGAAGAAGAGGCUGCACCAGUUGAGGAGGAGGCCGUGGAGGAGGAGGCGGAAGAGGAAGAGGAGCCAGCAACAGAGGAGGAAGAGCUGGUAGAAGAAACAGCAGCAGCAGAUUCAGAACAAACAGAAGAAUCAGAAGCUGAAUCAGAAAAAACUCAACAGGAGGAAGCUCUUCAGGAAGAGUUUGCAGAGGAUGAAGCUGAAGUAGAUGAGCUAGAGGAGUUGAUAGAAGAGCUUUCCCAGGCAGAAGAACAGAUGGAAGAUCAGCCAACAGUGAGGUCAGUAUCUUCUUUCCAUAGAAACGUAGAGCCUGCGGUCUCAGCGCGGUAAGACUGAUUGAGGACCAGCCCACAUCGCAUCCCACUGAGCGCGUGCAGCCGCGCUUCCCCACCUCCAGAGAAUGAAAAGCGCCAUCACGGCAUUCAUCACUGUCUCCCAUUUCUCACUCGCACACUCAGAAUCUUGUUUUUCUUUCUUUAGUGUAAAAUCUCACUUCCAGAACUUGUUAGAUAUUUUUUAUUUACCCUAUAUAUAUUUGUUUUCUUUUCUUUUUUUUCCUUUUUUUUUCAUAUAAUGAAAAGUAUCAAUGAAUUUCUCUUACAGAUGUAGAUAGAUAAUGUGAGGGUAGCUUUUCGCUAAUGGAAUGUAGGUUGUUUUCCAUUUCCUGUGUAUAGCAAGCAGAGGUACAUGUUACUAGUCAAAGAACUUCACGUCUGAGCCGAGUUCAGUUUUUUGUUAAAUGUGAAGAUGCAAAGCUGCAGUUUUGUAUUACCAGUAUGUAUUGAGUCUACACGUCAAGAUGUUGCAUAUCUAGGGCAAAGUUAUGCUGACAGGUGAACAGACGAGUCUGGUGAUGUAGGGUGAGUGUGUGAGCUUUCAUACGUAUAUGACUGAGAAUGUGUAUAGAUGUACACUACAUGACCAUGAGUAUGUGGACACCUGCUCGUCGAACAUAUCAUUCCAAAAUCAUGGGCAUUAAUAUGGAGUUGGUCUCCCCUUUGCUGCUAUAACAGCUUCCACUUCACUCUUCUGGGAAGGCUUUUCUACUAGAUGUUGGAACAUUGCUGCGGGGACUUGCUUCCAUUCAGCCACAAGAACAUUUGUGAGGUUGAGCACUGAUGUUGGGCGAUUAGGCCUGGCUCGCAGUCGGUGUUCCAAUUCAUCCCAAAGGUGUUCGAUGGGGUUGAGGUCAGGGCUCUGUACAGGCCAGUCAAGUUGUUCCACACCGAUCUCGACAAAUCAUUUCUAUAUGGACCUUGCUUUGUGCACGGGGGCAUUGUCAUGCUGAAACAGAAAGGGCCUUCCCCAAACUGCUGUCACAAAGUUAAAGCACAAGAUCUGCUAGAAUUUCAUUGUAUGCUGUAGCAUUAAGAUUUCCCUUCACUGGAACUAAGGGGCCUAGGCCGAACCAAUAAAAACAUCGCCAGACCAUUAUUCCUCCUCCACCAAACUUCACAGUUGGCACUAUGCAUUGGGGCAGGUAGCUUUCUCCUGGCAUCCACCAAACCCAGAUUCAUCCGUUGUACUGCCAGAUGGUGAAGCAUGAUUCAUCACUCCAGAGAACACGUUUCCACUGCUCCAGAGUCCAAUGGCGGCGAGCUUUACACCACUCCAGCCGAAACUUGUCAUUGCGUAUGGUGAUCUUAGGCUUGUGUGCGGCUGCUCGGCCAUGGAAACCCAUUUCAUGAAGCUCCGGACGAACAGUUCUUGUGCUGACAGCACUUACAGUUGACUGGGGCAGCUCUAGCAGGGCAGAAAUUUGACGAACUGAGUUGUUGGAAAGGUGGCAUCCUAUGACGGUGCCACGUUUAAAGUCACUGAGGUGUUCAGUAAAGCCAUUCUACUUCCAAUGUUUGUUUAUGGAGAUUGCAUGGCUGUGUGCUCAAUUUUAUACACCGGUCAGCAACGGGUGUGGCUGAAAUAGCCAAAUCCACUAAUUUGAAGGGGUGUCCACAUACUUUUGUAUAUAUAGUGUAUGUUUGCGUGUGUGCAUUUUAUAGACUGUAUGUCUAUAAAACAAUCCUAUGAGCCGUAGUUCUCAUUAAGAUGCGUUUGAGACUCGUUUCGUUUCAAUUUCAGUUUUGUUUGUUCCAACUCCUAGUACCUCGCUCUCACUGUUACUUCUUUAAUACUGAAAGUGUUUUUGACUUACUCAUACCUCUAGCCAGAAUGGUGAACAUCUAACAAUGAGUUAUACCCAAGCCAGGCUUGUGUCCAUUUUUUUACUAUUUUAUUUCUUUUAUUUUGUGGUAUUUUUUAUUUUUAUUUUUUUUGCUGUAUUUGGGUUGGAUGUAAACUCUCAAAUGGGAGAAAUGUUGACAUAUGCCAUUUGUUCUGGGAAAAACAGAUUUUUACCUGGAGACAAAGGAAGGGCAUGUCUCAGAGUAUGGUAGUAACCCUUAGGUGCAGCUCAGUGUGGGUGUAGCUGUUAUGGGUUAAUGGUCUGACCCAACCCAGUCUCCUGGUAAAACAGGCUGCUGUGUAGUGUCCCAGGUCCUCCAAUAGAUCUGCUCCCCACACGCACACACAUGGUCCAACAGCAACAUGAUUAUUCGAAAUUCAUCAUUCAGUACACUUAAACUCUAAAAAAAAAAAAAAUCAUAAACUUUUGUUCCCUUUCUCAGUUCUACUUUCACUUGUAUAUUAACUGGCUCAAGCCCAGGGUAAGUGCUUCAUUUGGAACAAAGGUUUUUGAAUGUCUGUGAUUGUUGCUGAUUUAGCAGACACCCGGACCACCUCUUAUUGUCCCUCUGCCUGCGUUUCAGUGCACCCCCCCCCCAAACCAACUGUUCAAAGAGAAACGCUGUUGUACAUCUAGAAGGGAACGUGACAGUGUAACCUGCUCACUCUGUCCUAGCGACAUCUAACUCGACUUUUGCUAGUAUUUAAUAUUGAUGUAGUCGUUAAUAAUGUUGUCAUGGUUUGUUUUUACUGCAAGGAUGAUGCUAGCUCAUGCUUUGAACUUAAGGCUGUAUGGUAAAGAAAAAGGACUUAAUUUUUUCAAGGAAACUCAGUCGUGUGCUUAGUUUGUGUUCCUCCAACGCUGUAAUGUUUCUGUGAAUUCAGAUGAGUGCGUUUUUGUUUGACAUUUUUCCAUUGUAGAAGUUUUCUGUACAUGGUAAUAAGGGGCCUGCCGGAUGAUAUAAUGGUGAUAAGGUGAUGUACUGUAGGGAAUGCUGCAAUGCAAAUCUUUUCUGAGGAAACCAAAUAACGGUUUGUUUCGACGUACACGAAAACAAGUGGUUGCAAUCUAGUUCUUAGGACUUAUUUUGUCUUUUUUCUAUAACACUAGUGGGUCUUUUUCUAUUCCCUAACACUUUUGAAGUCAAUGUGAAUUUUUAACGUGUUAAUUUUACAUUAUACAAAACUUUACAAGAUAGAUCUGUUCUAGAUUUUUAAAUAAAAAUACACUUUUUAGUAUCAGACCUUUUUAAUUAUGAAAAUUUUAAAGAAAGUGCUUCACUUUUUUCAAAGCCAUAUGUGACAGUUGAGGCUCUGCUGCUCAGAGCGGACUGUACUCCAAGGGAAAGACAUUCCACAACCAGCAGUAACCGAAAACAUCACUACAAUCUCAGUGUUUAUUUUUUAUUGCAGUUCACAUAUGAAUAGGGGUUUACACACAAACAUGUUAUACAUAGAGGUAAACAUAGUAUCCAGCUGUAUAGGCUAACAGGUUUUUAAAUUAUUGUGAAAAUGCAUUCUGUAUGCAGGGUUGGACGGCUGUCACAGUUUCUAUAAAUCAGGGGUGUCAAACUCAUUCCAUGGAGGACCUAGUGUCUUCGGAUUUGAGUUUUUUUCCUUUCAAUGACACCCAGGGAAGUUCUUUACUAAUUAGUGACCUUAAUUCAUCAAUCAAGUACAAGGGAGGAGAGAACCCGCAGACACUCGGGCCCUCCGUGGAAUGAGUUUGACACGUGCUGUAAAUGUUCUGUUCCAGGGCUGCAAUAAAGGUUUGGGACAACA